CUCCGUAUGCUUAUUCCUCAUCGAAAAAACCCUAGAGUGCUGUAGGGAUGAAGAAUGAGUCCGAUUUCGCUGCGAGCAACCGUGAUGAUUGCAGAUUCAGAUCUGGAAUCGUAUCUAGGAUUCGAUUAGAGAACUUCAUGUGUCACAGCAACUUGCAAAUCGAGCUUGGCGACCGCGUUAAUUUCGUCACUGGCCAAAAUGGAAGUGGUAAGAGUGCGAUACUGACGGCAUUGUGUGUUGCAUUCGGUUGUCGAGCUAAAGGCACUCAAAGAGCUGCUACUCUGAAGGAUUUUAUUAAGACUGGUUGCAGCUAUGCCAAUGUCGUGGUAGAGUUGAAAAAUCGAGGUGUAGAAGCUUUUAAACCUGAUAUAUAUGGGGAUGCUAUCUUAAUAGAACGUAGGAUUUUAGAAUCAGGUGGUUCCACUGUUCUAAAGAAUAGUCAAGGAAAAAAGGUGGCCACUCGUAGAGAAGAUCUUCUUGAGCUCAUAGAACAUUUCAAUAUUGAUGUUGAGAAUCCAUGUGUUAUUAUGAGUCAAGACAAGAGUAGGGAAUUUUUACAUUCAGGAAAUGACAAAGACAAAUUUAAGUUCUUUUUCAAGGCUACUCUUCUCCAUCAAGUGAGAGAUCUUCUGAAAAGUAUCAGGGAUCAGCUGGCUGAUGCUGAGAGAUUGGUGGACGAGCUAGAAUCUUCAAUUCGUCCCAUAGAGAAAGAACUCGAUGACUUGCAAACAAUGAUUAAAAAUGUGGAGCAAGUAGAAGAGAUAUCACACCAGGUGCAGCUGUUAAAGAAGAAACUUGCUUGGUCAUGGGUUUAUGAUGUUGACAGGGAACUUAAAGAGAAGCAUGCAGUAGUUGAACAGCUGAAAAGGCGUGCACCUAAGGUCCAAGCUCGCAUAGAAGGAUUGAUGGGUAAAAUAGAAGGGCUUAGAGAGCGACUGGGAAAAAAGAAAGCUCAAAGUGCAAGUAUGAUGGAAAAGACAUCAGAAUUGACAAGAAUGCGGAAUGAACUGCAGCAUCGCCUUUCUAUGGCUACCAAAGAGCGGCUUGAGCUGGAGCAAGAGCAUCAUCGCAAGAAAAGUUUCAUUCAGAAAAUGGUCAAUAGGAUGAAGUUGCUUGAACAACAAGUGCAUGCCAUAGAAGAGCAACAUAUUACAAAUACUCAGGCUGAAGCACAUGAGAUUGACACAAAAGUGAAGGAACUUCAGGAUGUACUUGAUUCCAGCCAUGUUACAAUCUCAAGGUUGAAGAAAGAAGAAGAGUACUUAGCUGAACAGUUAUCAUCAAAGACACGUGAAAUAGAAGACAUUGAUCGAGAGAUCAGUGACAAGAGAAAAAGACAUAAAGAGAUUCUUGAUCAGAUCCGUGAUCUUCAACUACACAAAACAAAUAAGGUGACUGCUUUUGGAGGACCAAAAGUUACUGCCCUUUUGCAGGCAAUUGAGCGUCAUCAUUACAAAUUCAAAAGUCCACCAAUUGGUCCUAUAGGUGCUCAUUUGUCUUUGAUACAGGGAGAAACAUGGGCUACUGCUGUUGAAAGUGCUCUAGGGAAGUUACUUAAUGCUUUUAUCGUUACUGAUCAUAAUGAUUCUCUUCUUUUGAGAAGUUGUGCAAGGGAAGCCUACUAUAACCAUCUUCAGAUUAUCAUAUACGACUUUUCCAGACCAAGGUUGUCGAUACCUAGUCACAUGCUUCCCCAAACGAAGCAUCCCACCACUCUUUCCAUUAUACAAGCGGACAGUCCCACAAUCCUGAAUGUUCUGGUGGAUAUUGGAAGUGCCGAACGACAAGUUCUUGUAAAGGACUAUGAGGUGGGUAAAGCAGUUACAUUUGAUCAGAAAAUCCCAAAUCUGAAGGAGGUCUAUACAUCUGAGGGACACAAAAUGUUCUCUCGUGGCAAAUCUCAAACAAUUCUUCCUCCAAAUAAAAAGGCUAGAGCUACACGUCUAUCUGGUUCAUUUGAAGUUCAAAUUAAUAAUCUAGAUAAGGAUGCAUCGCAUGUACAAGAGCAAGCUCAGCAAACUAUGGAGAGGAAAAGGAAACUAGAACUAGUGACUCAGGAUCUUAAAGUUGAACUGCAAGGUGCAAAGAGAAGGCGAAUGGGUGCAGAACGCGAAGCAACAUCAAAUAAACUAGAAUUGCAAGAUAUGCAGAAUUCAUAUGCUACUGAGUCCAGUACACAUGUUUCCUCUGCUGAUGAACUUCGCCAAGAAAUCACAAAACUCCAAGAGGAUAUCCAAGGAAAGGAAGUGGCAUUAGAAGAAGUCCAAGUGCAAACGGAAGUGGCAGAGACAAAGGCCAAUGAGCUUAGAACAUCCUUUGAAAAUUUAUGUGAAUCAGCAAAAGUGGAUAUGAGGGCAUGUGAUGAAGCAGCUAACGAGUUGUCGCUGAUUGAGAAGGAUUUACAUUCAGCAGAAAUUGAGAAGAGACAUUACGAAGAGCUAAAGUCCACUAAGGUUCUUCCUGAAAUAAAAACAGCGGAAGAAGAAUAUGUGGAGCUGGAAAAUAAACGAGUGGAGAGCCACAGAAAGGCUUCUAUUAUUUGUCCUGAAAGUGAAAUUGAAGCUUUAGAGGGUUGUGAUGGAAACAAUCCUGUCAAACUUAGUGCUCUUCUAACCAGGUUAAGUCAGAGACUUCAACAAGAGAGUGAAAGGUGUUCUGAAUCGAUUGAGGAUCUCAGGAUGUUGUAUGAGAAAAAAGAGCGAAAGAUAUUGAGGAAACAACAAACCUAUAAAGCAUUUCGAGAGAAACUGAAAGCUUGUCACAAUGCGCUAGAAUUGAGAUCAGACAAGUUUGAGCGGAACGCAUCAUUGCUAAAGCGCCAGCUGACUUGGAAAUUUAAUAGCCAUCUGGGAAAGAAAGGGAUCAGUGGACAUGUGAAGGUCAAUUAUGAGGAUCAAACCCUCUCGAUUGAGGUGAAGAUGCCCCAAGAUGCAUCAAAUAAUGGAGUUCGUGACACUAGAGGGCUUUCAGGUGGAGAACGUUCUUUCUCAACAUUAUGUUUUGCGUUAGCUCUUCAUGAAAUGACUGAAUCCCCAUUUCGAGCAAUGGAUGAAUUUGACGUGUUUAUGGAUGCAGUUAGUCGUAAGAUUAGUUUGGACACCCUUGUGGAAUUUGCUUUAGCCGAAGGUUCCCAGUGGAUAUUCAUCACCCCUCAUGAUAUAAGCAUGGUGAAACAUGACAUCAAUGUAAAGAAGCAGCAAAUGGAGGCACCUCGGAAUGAAUGAAUAAUGUUUGUACUUGUUUUUUUUUUGUUGCUUAACAUUUUGAAUAUUUUUUUGAAUCAUGAGCCUUGUCCUCUACAUAUUUUGGAUUAUCUCAACAUAUAUGAACUUGUUUUGAAUGUUAUAUAUUGAGUAGUAAAAGUUCUUGA